UGUGUGAGGGUUAAGGACCACCUUUGUAGUUCAGAUGAAACCGAUUCAUGUUCAAUAAACGAUCUUUGACUUGAUGCCUGCCAGUCAACACAUUAGCUCCUCCUUAUCAGCGCUUCGUCUGACAACCACACCAACAUAAACCUUUGACACCAUGUCUGAAAAUGUCAGCUGUUUUCCUGCUCAGUUUUUUCCUGCUAACAGAUACAAAGCUCUCGACUAUGUUUUUGAGACCACCACCAGUCUGAAAUUAAUGAAGGACUUGCUAGCACUGCCGACACCUUACUUAACAGCCGCCAAAGACUUGUACCCUCACAGUGGCAAGCUGCCUGAUGUCACCUACAGGAUACCGUGGAUCAGAGGAAAAGUGAUCUCAAACUGCAAACUCUUUGUCAGAGGUUCUGUCCUUGACGACCUGGGAGAAAUAAAACAAGUUCAUUCACCAGAGAGAUACUCCAGAUUUACUGUGAAACUGAGUGAGGCGGAACAGGAUGUGGACGUGAUACCCAGCUCUAAUCCUGACUCACUGAAAGAUCUAAACCAGGAUGAGUAUAUUUGUCAUUUAAAAGAGUCAGAAAUCAAUGAUCCAUGUCAGGAAUCAUUUAUUAAGUGGACAACUGACCAAAUGAAACCUGAAAAGAAGAACAAAGAUCUCCUCCUGUCAGAAGAGCUCAUGGAUGUCGAUUACUUGCCACAAUUUAAGAGGCAUUUAUCCACGCUGAAAACCAAACUGUCCAGGCUAAGGAUCCUUCCUGUGGCUGACCCUCUGCUGAGCUCAAUGAGAGAUACCGUCUCUGUGGACACCAUAUUCAGGAGCUGUGCGUCUUAUGAAAAACCUCCUGAUAUGACCACCGGUGACAUUCAGACGUGUGCAGACAUUUAUGAGGACUUUGGUAAAGAAUCACUGAUGAAGGAGGAGUCUCUGCUAUUGCCGAUUGUUGUGGACACAAUGAAUCUGAACCGAGAAACGAGCGCCUUUUCCAGCAUUUGUGGUCGUAUGAAUGUUGUUCCUGAACAACUGAAUGAGGAGCCUCCAGUCCUGGAUGAGCUUCAUAAAGGUGAAGACAAAAUGAAGAAGAGCAAGAGAAAAAAAGAGCACAGAAAAGAAAACAUUUCUUCCCACAUUUCCCUUUCAGAUGUAUCCAUAUCAAUAGACAUAUCCCAGUAUGAAAUACCAGAGGAGCCCUACAGGAUGAAUGGAGACCUGAUAGAGUCAGAGUUGGCAGAACGUGCGAUGCUGCCGACUGAAAUGGAGCUGGAUGUGACUUUGACGCCAACUGCCAAAACCAGUCGAAGCCAAAUUUGUCUGUCCACAUGUGAACUCCAAGAGGAAAAGCUGUCGCCACUUUGCAGACAGUUUUUGGUGUCAGCGCAAGCUCAGAGGGAGAUGGAGGCAGCACUCUGGAAGGCAGAGAAGUAUCCAGCCUUCGUGGUGGACUAUCUGUUGGCAGAGCCUCAAAUAUGUGAACCAGCCGUCAGCUUCCAAUCUCUGACUAAAGCCUUGAAUAUCGUAAACUCAGAGAAAGAAAGCUUUGCCUGUGCUGGUGACAAACUGCAGUCACAGAUGGGGACGGAAGCCCUGCUGGUGGAUUUGCGCAGCAACUGUGAGUUCACAGAAAGCAUGAGGUCUGAGUUUCCCUCCACCAAGCAUGAAGAGAUGGAAGAAAAAAUGUCACCUGAACAUGUGGAGUCCUCAGUCACAGACAGAUUGAUCCUGGUGAGUCCCACAAAUAAAACGCAGUUUCCUCAAGUGAAGAAAUCUGAAGCAGUUGCUUUUCACGCUGAAGCUACGGCAGAUGACACGUUUCUUCAAGGAGAAACAGUUGCCGAUACACGUCAGGGCAGCCUCCUGAUGCACACUGUCAACACAAACGAUAAGAAAGCAAAGCCUGUAAACUUAGUGUUUUCAAAACCUGCUGCUGUCACCAGAGAUGAAGUUUCAGAUAAGAAGUUUUCAGAAGUUUCGGCUGUGUUUUCUGCUCAUGAGAUCGACAGAUUAAGAGAUGACUGUAGGAAGGUGCAAAGUGCCCGCACUCCUGAACAGGUCACGUCUUCCAGACUGAAUGUCAGAGACAAUCACGGUCUGGCGGUUCCAAGGCGUCAACCUCAGAAGGACCUGGACUCUCUGUCCAUCCUCAUGAUGAUAAGAUCUCAGCAGAUGGCUCCAGAUACUGCAACACCUCGAAGCUCAGGAAACACUCCAGCACCACACAUUGACCAGCAAGCACCUGAGCAGCAGCCGCGUCCAGAGCAGAUGCAAAGAUCAGUCAGGUGGCCAGCGUAUAUUAGCCGCACUGUGUCAGAAGUUGUUACCAGAGAGCAAGAAGGGGCUUUUCAGCUCACGGGUCAACUGGUCCGUCAUCUUGGCACCGAGUCCAUCACUCAGGACAGACACGGCAGCAGAGUAAUACAAGUCCAAUCUACUGACAGCCAGCAGCGUGCCUACUGCGAACUACUCUCUUACGCUCAGCCGUGUUUGAGUUCUGCCAGACAGCUGGGGCUUAACUUGCCGGGAUGGGGAGACUUCAGCUGCCUGGCCUCAGACCAGACACACUUCCUACUCAAGCAGCAGGAGAAGGCGCUCUGUAGGACACGGGCACAGAGUACAGAGCUGGUCAGAGAUCUGAAACAACUUUUCAACAAGGCAGCUCUGAUUCACGUUCUGGUGAUGUUCAAGGAGCUGCUGCUGAAGUGUGACCUCAGUACUGCACUGGAGUACCUGACGCAGGCAGCCGAGGCAUGCGCUGAGCCGCGUCUGAAGCAGCUGAUGAAGAGACUGCAGAUCAUCCUCUACCUCAGUCACAAGAACCCAGAGUCCAACUUUAAACUGCUGAAGCUGCAGCAGCUGCUGGCUACGUGGAUGCACAGCAGGAAAGAACAGGGCACCAUGAAGAAAAUUCUUGUCAUAGUAUCAGUUGACUGUGACGACAGCAGAUCUGAAAUUAUUAACACCUUGAGCCAAGUGACUGGUGCUACUGUAACUACAGUUUGUCCUGAGGAGGGCAAGAAAAAACUGAAUGGUGCAAUUGUGGUCAGCAGCACGCACGACAUAAUGUGUGUUGUGGUGUGUGAGCGACAUGUAGGCCCGGACUUCCCCUGGAACUGUUUCUCUCUACUGGUGGAGUACGACCAUCCAGGCCAUUCACCAUGGGCUGCAGUCUGCAGGGAAUGGAACAUCAGUCACUUCACCUUCAACACAAUCAUCUCAGACACUGAAGAGAAGGAAAAGGCCUCAUGGUGCCUGGAGGACAGUGUGCCAUAUGUGUUGUUUGCGACAGACAGGCUUCUCAGCUGUCCAAUGCUGCUACAGACACUCGAGUCAGGGUAUAAUAUAACUGUGUUGGAGAGGAGCCACUGUCCGUCCUUGCAGAUGCUCGGAGGGACCCAUCACCACACUGUGAUCACAGUGGAUGAAAGCACCGCCGUCAUCAUUCAGGAUGUGGAUGAACUCUGUGAGGAGCGAGCAAGUGAGAGAAUAGUGAUGAGGCUGAUUGCUCUCUCUCUGCAAUACAGCUGUUGUUGGCUCAUCCUGCACUUCCCAAACAGCCAGGGAGGAGGAUUUUCCAGCGAGACCUUCAGCAAUUUGGUGUUAGUUUAUUCAUCUCUGGUACUCUUAAAUGCGAGGUCAAAGGAUCUUAACGUCAAGGUGUUGAUUGAGACUGAGAUGGCGGAAAUAGCCAGAUGGAUCAGUCAGAUCUGCUUCCACAGCCUGAUGGCCAGUGACAGCGAUGCUCUCAAGUACCUGAACAGAGACUGGCUAACUGUGAAUCCCUCAGAGGAGGAAAAGUGUUUGUUGCAGUUCCCGUGUAUUAACCCACUGGUUAGUCAGCUAAUGCUGAGGAGAGCACCAUUCUUCCAGUGGCUCCUGAGGGCCUCUCUGUCUCAGCUGAAGGGGCUGCUCCCUGAGGUUCCGAUCAAAGUACUCAAGAUGUUCAGUGACACCACUUCCCUGUACUCACUGAUCUCAGACCCAAACCAACCUAAGUCUCACAUAGCCAUCACUGAGACAAACCCCCAGACUAGUUCAUCAAACAGCCCCUGGACCACCACUGCUGACCCUGAGCAUAACCCUGACCCAGUACCAGAACCCCUCAUCAACCAUCCCAAACAAUUCCGCACCUUCUGUAAAGCACACUCAGUGGUGCAGGAUGGCAACACAGAUUUCAGAUUCAGUCUUUCCUUUGGCGGUCCAGAUGUUCACCUCCGUAGGAUCCGGUCCAGCCGUGAUCCAUGGAAAGGGAAGGACAGAGGCCAAGAUAAGGUGAAGUUUUCUGGCUGGAGAGGCGGAGCUAGAGCAGUUGGGGGAUCUGUUCAAAGAGUAAACGAUGAGUGGACACAGACGGCUCCAACAAAGCUUGACAGUCCUUUCAAGCUGAACUAUUUCUUCAGUUACAGCCUCAUUCUGCAGCAGUCAGCUGACAGCUACACAUCACUCCAGACCAGCACAGUCCAGCACACAGUCCAGCACACAGUCCAGCAACCAGAUAGCCAACGCGUGUCCUACAGUGUGAGCCCUCCUUCAGUGUGGCGUCGAGGCCAGGUCAGCAAUCACUGCUUCACCAGCGGUGGAGACACAGCUACAGUUUCAGCUAACUAUGGCUUCAAAUGCUGGAGGGGUCAGGAGAGGAAGAGGAGUGACAAGGCUGCAGGUUUGGUUAGAGCAGUGUUGACACCACUGAAGAAGAGCAGGUUAAGCUAUGAGAGGGUGCCCGGCAGAAGUGAUGGACAGACGAGGCUUAAACUAUUUUAGGCAUUCAUGCCUAGAAUAAAGACAUGAGGGCAAUAGAUGCCAGAAUUUUCUAUAUGUAAAUAACUUUAUAGGUUUAAGUUUGCUUGGUUCCACUGCAGAGUAUCCACUGCAAGAUAAAUUGCCAUUUUUUAAUUUUUUCCUAGAAAACAAAUUCUACCUUGUAGACAUUUAUGAUAUAUUUAACAAACAAUUUUGUGCAGCUGAAAAAACAGUAGAAAUAUGAAUUUGUUCCUGACAAAUAAUUAGUAUAAAUUCUGUUAAGUCAAAUAUAAAAUACUAAUAUUUUAUUGUUUUACUGAUAUUUUAUAUUAGUGUUAUUGUAUUUAUUAGUGCUUGUUUUAAGACUGAUUAAUCAUUAAAUCAAAAGUUACAAC